GGCCCUGCUGUUUGUCGAACUCGAGUUCAAUCCUACACUGCCGUCUCAAGCAGAACAAGGAGCAAGAAAAUCUCCCUUUCAGGACGGCAAAUAAACGAGGAUUUCCAUUGCCAUUGGAUUUGAGUUUUCUGUUUGGAAUUAAAACGCUCAAUGACAGUGCACAAGAGCCUUUCUGGAACUUUGCAAACCUAAAUAAGAUGUAGGUCAGUAAAGCUCUGAGGAUGUGAGUCACUCCAGAGUGGAUCUUCAGCGGUGCUCUGCACGCACGGAGAUGCCGGCAUGACAACGGUGCCCAUCGGCAAUGGCAUAGCAACCACUCUCACCCAACCAGGGAAGUGCAUGGCUAGUGCUAACAUGUGGUACCUCCAGUCUCACACUCGACGGAAAGCACCCACACCCCACAGGGACCCACAGCAGAAUUUUAAACCUUGAUCUUCAGGUCCUCUCAGAGACCCUAUACUCAAAAUCAUCUAUAUUCACACACGCCUUCUAUCUUGCCCGCUGACUGCCCUUACCCUACAUCCUGUGGCAAGCUCCUCUUCCUUCCUUAGAGCAAGCAUGGCUGGAGGUUAAUGUACACAUGUCUACCUCAUACUUAAAGGUCCACUCUCUACAACUGCGACCCUGAACACACUACAAAAAUGACCUCCAGCAUAGAUCGGGAUGAUAGCAGUAUUUUUGAUGGGUUGAUGGAAGAAGAUGAGAAGGACAAAGCAAAAAGAGUUUCUAGGAACAAGUCUGAGAAGAAGAGGCGGGACCAGUUCAAUGUGCUCAUCAAGGAACUGGGCACCAUGUUGCCGGGCAACACCCGCAAGAUGGACAAGUCUACCAUUCUACAGAAGAGCAUUGACUUCCUGCGCAAGCAUAAAGAAAUUGCUGCACAGUCUGAAUCUAGUGAAAUACGUCAGGACUGGAAGCCACCCUUCCUUAGCAAUGAGGAGUUCACACAGCUGAUGCUGGAGGCCCUAGAUGGCUUCUUUCUGGCCAUUAUGACAGACGGCAACAUAAUCUAUGUCUCAGAAAGUGUCACCUCUUUAUUGGAACAUCUACCUUCGGAUCUUGUUGACCAGAAUCUGUUGAAUUUCCUUCCCCUGGGUGAGCACUCCGAGGUGUAUAAAGCCCUGUCUACACACAUACUAGAGGGAGAGACCCUCACACCAGACUACCUAAAGACAAAAAACCAGUUAGAGUUCUGCUGCCACAUGCUCCGGGGGACAAUCGACCCCAAAGAGCCACCCAUUUAUGAGUAUGUGAAGUUCAUCGGAAACUUUAAGUCCCUCAACACUGUGCCUAACUCAACACGUAACGGCUUUGAGGGAGUGAUCCAGCGAUCGCUAAGGGCCGCAUUCGAAGACCGAGUGUGUUUCAUUGCAACUGUGAGAUUAGCCAAACCUCAGUUUAUCAAGGAAAUGUGUACUGUGGAGGAGCCCAAUGAGGAAUUCACCUCCAGACACAGUUUAGAAUGGAAAUUCCUGUUUUUGGACCACAGGGCACCUCCCAUCAUAGGUUACCUUCCUUUCGAAGUUCUGGGCACAUCGGGGUACGACUACUACCACGUGGAUGACCUGGAGACCCUGGCCAAAUGCCAUGAACACUUGAUGCAGUAUGGUAAGGGGAAGUCGUGCUAUUACCGCUUCCUAACUAAAGGUCAGCAGUGGAUCUGGCUUCAGACUCACUACUAUAUCACCUACCACCAGUGGAACUCUCGACCAGAGUUCAUCGUCUGCACACACACUGUGGUCAGUUAUGCUGAAGUGAGGGCGGAACAGCGCAGGGAGCUGGGUAUUGAUGUGUCGCCUCCUGAGAUCUCGGCAGACAAGUCUCAAGACUCGGGCUCUGAGUCUCAGUUAAACACCUCCAGCCUGAAGGAGGCACUGGAUCGAUUUGAUCACAGCCGAACGCCGUCUGCCUCCUCAAGGAGCUCUCGCAAGUCCUCCUCACACACCGCUGUCUCUGACCCCACAUCCACACAAACAAAGCUACAGACAGACCAUAGCACACCGCCUCGCCAAUCAGUGUCAGCCAUUGAGAUGACAUCACAGCGGAGGUCCUCCAUUAGCAGUCAGUCGAUGAGCUCUCAAAACACAGGGCAGACAAUGGCCACAUCUCUGGUGUCUCAGCCUCAGCAGCUGCAGCCUCUGCAGCCCACUGUGCAGCCGGUGCUGCAGUUUUCCGCGCAGAUGGAUGCGAUGCAACAUCUCAAGGAGCAGCUGGAACAGCGCACACGCAUGAUUGAGGCCAACAUCCAGAGACAACAAGAAGAACUACGGCAAAUCCAGGAAGAGCUGCAGAAGGUGCAGGGACAGGGCCUACAAAUGUUCUUGCAGCCAGGAGGAGGCAGUCUUAACCUUGGCUCAGUGCAGUUGACGCAGGGGUCAUCCGUGCAGCCAGGAGGCGCUCUUUCCAUGCAGGGGGCAGUGGUGUCAGCAGGGAGUCUGCAGAGUGGCCUGCAAUCCACACAUACAGGGACACAGCACACUGUCACACAGCAUCCACCACUACAACAACAGAACCUUCUCAGAGAUCAGAGCUCCACUCUAACACAGCAGUCUCAGAGGUCGUCUCACAUGUUGCAGUCUCCUCAGGGAGCACUGCCUGCAUCUCUCUAUAACACCAUGAUGAUCUCUCAGCCGACACAGGCCAACGUAGUGCAGAUCGCCACAAGCCUGGCACAGAACAGUAGCCCCAGCGGAGCCGCAGUUGCCGCAUUCUCACAAGACCGGCAGAUACGGUUCCCUGCUGCCCCACAGCUACUUACUAAGCUUGUAACCAGUCCAAUGGCAUGCAGUGCAGUUAUGGUGCCUACCACCAUGUUCAUGGGGCAGGUGGUGACUGCGUUUGCUCCGCAGCAGGGCCAAGCUCAAACAAUCAGUAUCACCCAGCAGCCAUCUGCGCAGACACAGGAGCAGCAAGCCCAGAUGCAGUCACAGUCAGCUGCAGGAACAAGCCAACAGCAAGGCCAGGUCCAGGCUCAGCUUGCCCAGCAGCAAACACAAUUCCUACAGGCACCGCAUCUUUUACACGGCAAUCCGUCUGCCCAGCUCAUACUUCAGGCAGCAUUUCCUCUACAGCAGCAAGGUGCGUUUGCAGCCACAACACAACAACAGCAGCAACUACAGCUGCAGCAUCAACAACAGCAGCUGCAACAGCAGCAACAACAACAACAGCAGCAGCAGCUGCAACAGCAGCAUCAACAACAACAGCAGCAGCUGCAACAGCUCCAGCAACAGCAGCAACUGGCAGCUCAUAGGUCAGACAGCAUGUCAGACCGCUCCAACACACAGCCACAGUAACUGAGCAGUGGCUGAUCGCAGGGCAGCAGGAGCCGGACCAAGUCUCCGUUGAGCAGUCUUGCAUUCGGUAGUGGUUCAAAAGGGGUUGUUUGGAGCUGAAUGAAAACUAUAGCAGUAUUUGUACUGUACACUUUCAGAUACCCUUCCCUUUCCACUGCUUGGAGGUUCAGGAGAAGGGCAAGACCUAAAGUGGUGUUGUUUUCCACCCUAUGCCCUCUCUGACCUAUGUUGUGAUCAAUGGCUGCUUGCACUGAAUUCUGGAAGAGGUCCGACCACAAAAUACCAAACUUUCUGCUGGCUGGUGGCAGAGCAGCAGGUUUCUGGUUUUCAUAACCCUGCGUGCUCCGCAACCUGUCACCACCACAAAAACAAGGGAGAAGGGUUCCACCCUCCCCUUUAUCAUGUCCGUUUGUCUUGUACACCCAGUGUGUGCUGUUGUCACCCUUUCACAGGUUUAAUUUAUGCAGAACACUCUGGUUCACGAGCUGGAUGUGUACUCCAAGACUUCGAAGAAGUCCUCCGGGACAAACAGCGCAUCUUUGUCUGUCUCUAAUUUUCUUCCUCUCCUUUCCCUCUCUUGAUCUUUCCUUCUCAUUUUACUUGUCAAAAGUAAUUAUGGGUCAGAAAAUAUUUUUAAGAAUGUCACGUGGAUUCAACUUUUAUUGUACAGUUCACCUGUAAAAUUAUGUGUAAAUAUGUGGACAAAAGGAAAGAGAAACUAAUAUUUUAUAUGAUGCAUGAGAUGAAAAGCGUAGUCUGUUAUUUGUAGCUUUGAAAAUACUUUUUUUCUAACAUUCAAAGGAAAAAAAAGCAAACUUAUUACACAUGAUGGCUGAUCUAUUUACAGACUUACUAUUUCCAGUGGAAUGGGGGUGAGUGUGUGCGUAUGUGCUUGCCUAAUGUGUUUGUAUGUGUGUGUGUCUGGAAUGCUUCAUCCACAGUUUGUCACAGUUGGUUUAAAAACUGCCUUCACAUUUUAGGAAAACUGUUAUAUAUAAAGAUAUAUUGCUUUGUGUUAUACAGUGACACUUUAGUAACUGCAAAAAUAUUGAUCAACAUAUUUGCAGAGGUUUUUCCUUUGUAAAUACUAAAAAAUAAAAUAAAAAAAGGCUUAGAAUAGGAUUUAGUAUAUUACGCGAUUAGUCAAAAAUCUAAAAAUGGUGCUUCGACUGUUACACUGUGCAGUUGUGCACCACCGCAUCAUAAUCAUUACAGGUUUUGAAGGCUGUGAAUGGCCUGUAAUGACAUUACUAUUAUGUACCAAUGUUUUAUACUUAAAUCUGAAUGCAGGAUUAUGAAGAUGAGAAAUAUAUUUACAUAAUGUGUAAUAAUCUUCAAUAAUACAGGUAAAAUUUCUUAGGGCUAAGCUAUAGUUUCCUCUAGUUUUAAAAUUGUUUACAGUAUGGUUGUUUACACUGUUGUACAGUGUUUUAGGGUAUGAUUGUACUAGAUGGCUAAGAAAAGACAUGUAUAGAAAUAUAAUUUCACAGAACCAAACCUAAUUGUUAUUUAGAUAGUAAAUUAUCAUAUUUGCACAGCUUUAAUGCAGAUGUUAAUGUUGGCUCUGGACAAACAAUGACAUUUCAGAUAAAGUGCAGUUAAAUGCAACUCCCAUGACUUUGCAACCAAUCUUCCAGACAACUCUGGAAAAGCAGGAAUGUAUAGGUUUAAAAAAGUAUAUAGCUGCAGUAUAGCAACUUCUGAUCUAUCCCAUAGGAGAACAUGGCAUUUGUUUGGUGAUUUAGGUCUACCAAAGUGUUGAACUAUAACACUUCUAGGCGAAUGAUCAGAUCUAGUUUUGCCCAAAGCACAAGCUUUAGCUUUUUUCAUAAUGAAAACCCAAAUUUGGACAAUCUGAAUCUAAAUAUAUGUGCUCAAUGUAGUAUUAACAUUUUAGAUAUGCCAGAUUUCCAGUAAAUUCAUCCAAUGUUUAAACUUUAGUUGUGACACUCUUUUAAGCUGCACAAUUAAGUGGCUUCCACAUGACUCACGUCAAGGCUUCAGAGCAUCGCUCAAUGGCAGGGUAAAAUGCUGCUUUGUGGUCCAGAUAAAAUGUCUCAUUUUUAUUUUAGCGGUGGUGCUGAUGGAUCACCUUCAUUUUCCAGUAAUCAUUGGCUGAUGCUUCAAAAGGUCAGCGGCACUGGUCAAAGUUGAAUAAUUGUAUUUAUUUUUUUCAACUUUGAGCACCGCGUUACAUCUCCUGAUGGAAGCCCAAUGCGUCGCCAGGGGUAAAGCUGGAGCUGACGCUUAAUUCCAUAGCAUUCAAUGUAUUUGGCAAUAUUGAAGUGAGUUAUGUGGAAGACCCUUUAGGUAUUGUUAGAACAGCAAUUUAGCCAUCAUGAAUUUUCAAUUCAAAAGUAAAAUUUUCUGUAAGGAAGCAGUACCUGUACCUGUUAGACAGCUAAUACAGUUCAAAACUAAGAUUUUUGCUGUUAAAUGAAUCUUUACUUCCAUAUAUAUAUAUAUAUAAAAACGAUACAUUUUUAAAAAUGAAAAAGUCACUUUCAUUAGCAUUUUCGGAUGACAGGUAUUUAUUGAUAAAUUGCUCUUUUCUGAAGAUCAUGUUAUUAAUUUGUAUUAUUCUAUCUAAUUUUCAUGGGAUAGUGCACUAAUGAGCAAUAUUGUCUUAUUCAGGUUAGUACAAGUAGUCAGGUUCUGUAAAUUUAAAUGUUUAUCAUAUCAGACCUCAGAGUAUUAGUGCCAGUCAGAAUGUUUGGUUUGCUCGGGAUAUUUAAGCCAAUAACCCCAGAGUGCGGGUCUAUUCACAGUUCAUUUUGCAGUAUCCAUACAAUUACAGAGUAUCCCCAGUAAUCUUUGGUAAUGCCGUAUGUAAUCUAAAUCUGUGCCCCUAGGUUACUCAUACUGUAUAUGGUGGUCACCAGUUUGGCCAUUGAAUUGUCUUCUACUAAAAUAGAAUGGUGUACUUUUCAUUGCUACUGACAUCUCUUUAAAAUGUAAUGUAUGUGACUGUGUUAUCAAUGUUUUCCCCCCUGACUGAACAGCAUGACUAGAAACAAGUUGGGCAGGAUUAUUGCGUGAAUGUAAAAAUGUCAAUUAGCUUUAUAGUAGGUAUGCAUUCUGACUCUAGAAUCCCAUCUAAUCUGUUUUGUAACUAUGGACACUUUAGAUCGAAUCUCAUUUCUUUUGAUCUUUUGGCCACAUCCACACGUUUUCAUUUCGGUUUGAAAACACAUAUUUAGCUACUUUUACACCACCUAUCCACACUGUUUUCCUUCACCGAAAACAUUCUCCAUAACUGCAAAGUUUGGAAAACGAUGACGUUGGGAAACUGAAAACUGAGUGUUCAAACAAAAACGGAUGUACCCUUUUCACAAACCUAUGAUGAUGAUUUAGGGGUGUAAAUUUAGCAAACUUUUCUAUAUUUGCAAUUUUUUUACUAUUUAGUUUAAAUAAAAAAACAAGUUACCACAUCUGUGAUGAAGCUUCUAAGACAGCUGCUGAGUAUCUGAAAAUUUGCCAUCUUGUCUCUUCUGACUGUCGUAAUCAACCGCCAUCUAUUUUUUCUUCAUUUGAAAAGUUGUGGAAAUGUAAUGGUAGCAUUUUUCUUUUGAUGUUGGAGCAAAUGUGUAAGCAAAAAAUAUUUGCCGUGGUUUCCCCAUCCACUGCUAUUGAUGUUUCACAUAUUUGGGAAAACUAUGACAAUGGGAAACUGAAAACAGUUUUCAAAUGAAAAUGGAUUGAUUUUGCUAAGUUUACACCUCUCAUCAACACUGGAAUGGCUAUUUCCUCCACCGAAAACUGAGACUUUCUAAAACUCUCUCCAUAACUGCAUACUUAAGAAAAUUAUGAUGUUAGGAAAAUAAAAGUUAUUUUAGGAGUUUUGUUAGGAGACUCCUAAGAGAUGUUAGGAGUUUUCAAAUGAAAACAGAUUGAUGUUGCUACCUCUCAUCCACACUGGAAUGACAUUGUCCUCCACCGAAAGUUGAGACUUCAAAAGACUCGAAAAUGCUCUCCAUAACAGCAUAUUUGGGAAAUCGCUGACAUUAGGAAGCUGAAAACUGAGCUUUCAAACAAAAAUGGAUUAGUGUUUAUGUGGCCUUAGACUUUAAAUAGGACAUUUCUUUAAUAUGGCCCUGAAGUGCACAUUCUUAACCAUUUAAUAGUUAAUAAAUAAAGCAUAUUUUAAAGAGGGAUAUAUAUACAAAUCAUAGAUUUUAUUUUUCUACAGCAAUGUCAGAACAGAAUUUAUGCAGCUAGGCUAUACUUGAUGUGUAAAACACCUGUUAUAAAUGCCUUUUGCUAAGAAAGGGAACCAAUAAUAAAGUUUACUCCAUAUUGUAACCUCAGAUGAAGGAUUUAAACAAACUGUGACACACUGCUGGACCAAUCAAGCUUUCUCCCAACAAUGCAGUUGGAUUCUGGAAGUGGUUCUUUUCAAGUCUUUGCCUGUAUGUAAGGGAGGUAAUUUAAGCUCCAGGCUCCUGCUUAUGUUAUGGAGUAUUUGAAGGUAAUUUUUUUUUUAAUUAUUAUUAUAACAAGUCUUGAUUAAUAAGUAUAGGACACAUACAAAUUCAGGCUGGGCCUAGAAUGACCCUAUCCUUUGAUGCAUAACACAUCCUGACUUCGUCACAAACUGGCAUCAGAUGUCAGCAGUUGACACAUGGGAUGAUGUUUUAGAGUUCAAGGAGUUGAGAUUUUUUUCUGCACUGAUUUGUAUUGUGAGCCCCAAGGUAACAGUGAAAUGUCAUGGCUUCCUCGGGCUGGUUCAGAAUACUCAACUCACAUCAGUUAUUUUUUCUUUUCUCACACUUUAUUUAUCUUGUGCUAGUGACCUCUUCAAUGAAAUGCUUUCUUCUGCACUUACCAUAAAGACAUACAAAAUCAGCAGUUUCUCCUCCAAAACAUAGUUACCCUCGAAUAUGAUGUACCCCUAAAUUGUUUUUUGUGGUCUUUGCAACUUCAACAUGUCAGUUGGUAUUUAGUGAUUAAUCCAAAGAGCUAGAAGGAAAGAUUGGGAGUACUUCAAAUCUUGUUAAAUUUGUUUGCAAAACUUUAAUGCUCAUCUUAAAGAUGCCCAAUGGAAAAGGAGGUGUUGAAACAUGUUAAAUGUUCUGUAGUUCUGAUGUACUCACUAGAAGUUCUGAAUGUCUAUCAGUGUUCUCUCUUGCUAUCAUUUAAUCUUUGUACGUGUGAUAUUCUUCGCAGAGCACUUGUGUUUGGCUCAUGAAAUGUAUCUGUUCAGUACACUUUAAGAAAAAAAGCUAAAAAUAAUUUUAAAAUGCUUAUAAAUAGGUUUCACAUGAAAAUUCAUUCUAUAGGGCUACCAGAGCAUGGCUCUUUUUUUCCUAAUCAUAUUUAAAAGAAAAUACUGUAAUAGCAGAAAUGUGUGCUGUAUGGGGUUCAUUUUGUGAGCCGGCAAUUCUUACAUCAACAAAGAAACAAUGGAACCUUUUUAAACAAGGUUCCAUUUAUUCCCCUUAUUCAAUUUUGAAA